GUUUAUGCAUAAAAUAAAGAUUGUUAAAAAUAAAGGACUAUUAUGUAAAUAAAAAAAGUUUGACAUCAAAAUGAGGUUGUGAAUAGUGUUCCCUCAAAUUUGAGGGAAUACUGUUCAUAUUCUCAUUUUUUUCCUCAAAAUGAAGUAUCAUUGGAGAUAUAUUUCCCUCAUUUUUUGAUGUUUUUCCUCAUUUUGAUGCACCAUUGGAGAUGCUCUCAGAAAAAGACCACCUAACAAAUCAAAGAGUAUAAAAAUGGAUCGCACAUGAGCCUAUAAAGGGCUUGGCCCUUGCACAAUAAGUAAUUUACUACGGUGUCGAUCGUAUUAAAUAUGUGUACUAUACCGUAAUGCGACGAUCUUUAUCAAAUUUCUAUACUAUUCAAAGCACCAGCUUACAAUUUUCGAGUCGCAAGAGUCACCUGCUAAGAUGGUAACAGGUGAAAUAUGAUUUUGUAGAUGUUUUUUGGUAAAACCAAGGCAACAAGAAAAAUGAAUACUUAAUUUGAAUUUCGGUUUGGCUUUUGGGAUAUUGAUUUUUGGUGACAUCUAUUAUAAUUUACUUUUGUUUGCUUGGCUUUUGGCAUAACUAUAUUAAAUCUAAUGUACAAUUCUGUGAAUUUUGAAUGAUAUGGUUGAUAAUCAGAUUCUUUUAAAACAGAAAGAACUAAUGUCAAUGCUCAAAUUUUAAACGGAAGGUUUUUUUAUUUAACUAUUUAGAUGAAAAUAAUAAUAAACAGUGAAAACAAAAACAACUAAAAUAGUAGUGAAUAUAUAUUUUUUUGGCCUAAAGUUGUGAAUAUUUUUCUAAAAUAGAAAAUAAGAACAAACCUGAUGACAAAACAAAAACAAAAGAAAAACAAACCUAUUAAUAUUUGUAACAUUACUAAAUAGAAUUUUUUUUAUCAACGUAAUAAAAAUAAAACUUAAUUCUAAAUAACAUAAUAAAUUAAUAGAAUUAAAAUUUAAAUGUCAAAAUAUAUAUUUUAUAUCGCCUACAUUUAUAUACUAAAUAAUAUUUAUAUUAUAGAGUUUACAUAUAAAUAACUAUAUUACUAUACAUCAUUUUAAUAUAAUUAACCGAGUUUUCAAAUUUUCAGUUUAUUUGGUUUAAUCAUGUAUAACCAAACCAUACAUGUCUACUACAAUUUCUAAAACUAUAAUCCUGUUCGGUAUUAUCAUAAUCAAACCAUAUUCUCUAUUUCGGUCUGGUUUGGUUUGGUUUUGCAUAUUCUCCAUGUCAAAAAAAAAAAAAACUUAAUUCGUCGGUGACGACGCACGCUUGCACUUCCCAUAAGCACUCAAGCCGUAAGCUAGGUCAACCUAUCUUCACUACCACUACUAGGAAGUUAGGAACCCUUCUCUAUAAGUAGAAACUCUCCUGAGAUCUCUUCUUUCCUCAUAUACACACCACAUUAACUACUUCACAAUUGCUUGUCUCUCCCUUUCUAUUAUCUUUAAUUUCUAUAUAUAGAAACUAGGUGCAAUAAUUUGUAAUUUUAAUGACUAAGUUAAGCAUCUCGUUUUGCUUCGUCUUGUUUCUUCUGCUAGCCUCAGUUGUCACCGGAAGCCGCCCUCUUGAGAAGACUCCCGUCGGGGUAAGGGUAAGAGAGUUAAGCACAUCUAGUGAGGCGACCACCUCGACUGUAGCAGAUGGUCAAGCUACAGGGGGCAGUGGCAGCCAGGAAAAAUCUCCGGAGAGGUUAAGCCCAGGAGGAUCCGACCCGCAGCAUCAUUAGGGUUACCUUUAUAAUUGAGAGUUGCUCUCAGUUUCUUCCACAUAUGAAUUUCUUAU